AUGAAGACGCGCGUAAUCCUCGUCGGCGUUGGUGGCGCGACGUGCUCGGGCAAGACGACGCUUGCCAAGCACCUGAAGCGCAUCAUCCCCAACAGCGUGAUCAUACACCAAGACGUACGCAUCUCCCCUCCCGCGCAACUCAUCCCGAUCCAUCCAAAGUAUGGUGUACAGGAUUGGGACUGGCCAGAUGGGGCGAUAGAUUGGGCACGGAUGAUUAGGUUCUUGAAGGAGGUGAAGCAGACGGGGCGUAUACCGGACGACCACUACAGCCACGAUCACUUGAACGAGCAGAAGGACGUACCGAUACCCGAGGAGGUGCGUGCGCGAUGGACGCAGCAGUUCCAGGAGCUCGCCGAGCGAGAGAGCAGACAAGGAGAGCAGCUGGUAUGGGGACUGGUGGACGGUUUCCUGCUUUACUGGCAUCCGGAGGUGUUCGAGCAGCUUGACAUUCGGUUCUUCCUUCGCGUGCCGGAGGAAACCCUCAAGAAGCGCAGACAUGAAAGACACGGCUACCAUACUGCUGAGGGAGCGCUAUGGCGAGACCCACCGCAUUACUGGGAACAGAUCGUCUACCCGGCCUACGUCGAGGCGCACAAGCACAUCUUCGAGGGUGGAGACGUUGAGCAUGGGCGUGUCUCGCGAGACGACAUAGUCAUUAUCAAUGCCUUGGAGGAGAGCAUGGGUGGCAUUGUCGAAAGAUGCAGCCAUGACCUGGUGUCGUAUGUGGAGAAGGCGCAUUGA